AUGGUAAAAUAUAGUAGUGUCAAUCCCUGUGGACUAGGAGGAUACGGUGGUGGAUUAGGAGGUUUAGGAGGUGGAUACGGUGGAUACGGAAUUGGUGGUGGAUACGGAGGAUACGGAAUUGGAGGUGGAUACGGUGGAUACGGAAUCGGUGGUGGAUACGGAAUCGGUGGUGGAUACGGAGGUUAUGGAAUCGGAAGUGGAUACGGAGGAUAUGGAAUCGGAGGUGGAUAUGGAGGAUAUGGAAUCGGAGGUGGCUAUGGAAUCGGAGGUGGAUAUGGUGGAAUCGGCGGUGGAUACGGAGGAUAUGGAAAAGCCGUUGUUGUUAAAGUACCAGUAUCUGUAGGAUAUGGCGGUUAUGGUGGUAUCGGAGGUGGAUUCAGUGGUGUCAAAGGUGGAUUCGGUGGGGUCGGAGGUGGAUUAGGUGGUAUCGGAGGUGGAAUUGGUGGUGGUUAUGGUGGUUUGAACAGUUAUUCAUACGGAAAGGGAAAAGGAUAUUAAACAUGUUAAACACAGAUUACCAACCUUAAGAAACGGACGAAGAAUGAUGAACUUUUUUUUACAUUUUUGAAAUAAAAUGUAAUUAUUGUAUAUAA